CUUUAUAUAUAUAUCCGCGCGACGGGGCCAUCGUACGCAUUUUGAAUAUCGCUGUCGCUAAUUGCGAACACGCACAAUUUCGUGGCUAAAGAAAAAAGAAAAACAAUCGCGUCACAUCAUCGCAGGAUCAUCGGAAGGAUGAUGCUGAUCGGACUCGUAUUGCUCGCCAUAUGGGCCAGAACCGCCAUGUCGGAGCUGCCUCCUGGAGUAACGGCAUGUCCACGAACGAACAAUCUGCCAGAAUAUAAUAAAUGUAUUUUAAAGCAGGUGCAAAUACUCACACCACUUCUCGCCAAGGGGGUUCCCUCUUUGAAACUGCCAGCUUUAGAUCCUUUAUUUCUGCCAUCCUUGACUGUAGAUAGAAAUUUAGAAUCAUUGAAAAUCAAGGCUAAUAUGAGUCAGAUUCGUGUUUACGGUGGCACGAAUUACAUCUUACAGGAUCUCAAAGCGAAUCCCAAUGACUUAACGGUUUCUUUCAAGGCUCGAGUGCCUCAUAUGUACGUGAGUGGCGAUUAUGAUGUUCAGGGUAGGCUAUUGUUGCUGCCUCUAAGCGGAAUUGGCAACUUUAAAGGAAAUUUCACUGAUACCGAUGUGCAAGUAAGCGCUCAAGGCAAAGAGGUUACUGAUAAAAACGGUGUGCAGAGGUUCGAGAUUGAUAAGUUAAUUACAAAAAUUCGUGUUGGUGAUGGAAAUAUUAAACUGAAAUCACCUCCUGCUCACACGUUAGCCGCCGAUGCUGCUGCAACAUUUUUCAAUGCAAAUCCUCGUCUAGUCCUGGACAUAGCCAGUCCAAUUAUUGAAGAUACAGCCGUGACUGUGAGCAAAGCUCUGGUUACUAGAGCACUCAGCGUUCUUACUAAACAAGAACUUCUCCCUAAUUCUUAAAUUAAAACUGAUAUUACGGCCAAUUAUUUCGGCGCGAUAUAUCAUUAAUUUCUUUAUAACAAAUAAGUAGGAGAAUAUUGCAAUAAGUAUCAAUUGAUUUAACUUAAUUUUUACUCACUAUUUUAUCGUGCGUCGAUAAUUUUCACCGAUCAGUGGGUAAGGCACGUACAAUUGUUCUUUCAAUGUCCAAAGAAAAUAUUUUAUUAAUUAAUUAUAUGUUAUACAGUUUCAGAGAAGUUGUUUUAUUAUAUUUGUCUAUUUAUACUUUUGUACGUGCAAAAUUUUGAAGUGUUAAUUAUUAUAUAACGAAGUGUUAAUUAUUAUAUAAACAAAUAUGAUACGUAUUAUACAAAUUGAUUAGCUAAUGCUUUUUGUUUCACAAAUUGUUAUUUACAUAUUUGCUUAUUAUAUCUAAUAUUUUAUUAGAUAAUUAAAGCUAUUUUACAUAUAAAUAUUAUAUGUAUAUUGUAUACAGUCAAUAAAAAAAAUAUUACAUCUUUGCGU